AUGACAAAUACACAAGCUUCCAGCGCAUCUCCCACAACGCAAUCAAAUACCGCAACACCAACAAGUGGUGGUCGCGGAAACUUCAACGGAAACUUUAAUUAUGGCAGUGGUCAUGGAAACGGUUACGGUAACGGACCAAACUUCAAUUUUCCGUUUUCAUUUGGUGGUGUUGAUAGCGAAUACGAUCGUGAAGAUAGACGAUCCGGACAAGGAAAUGCAGAAGACUCACAACACAGAAACGGAAUGUGGAAUGGAUAUGGCGGUGGGUGGUGGAAUGGCAACUUUAAUGGGCGUGGAUGGGGUUCAGAUAAUGGCAAUUUUAAUGGGAAUAGUGGUGGUGCUGGAAAUGGUAAUUUCAACGGUAAUAGAAAUACAGGAAGUGGAAAUGGUAAUUUCAACGGCAACGGAAAUACGGGAAGUGGCAAUGGCAAUUUCAAUGGCGAUGGCGGAAACGGUGGAAAUGGUGGGAAUGGUUACGGCGGCGAUGGCGGAAACGGUGGAAAUGGCGGAAAUGGUUAUAGCGGAAGUGGUGGAAAUGGCGGAAACGAAUGCACACAAUGUUUAAGCACAUUAAGUUCACUUACCGUAAACUCUCUGCAAAACGACACAAGAUCACCAUUAACCUGUCAACACUACGCCAGACUGUACACGCAAAUAAAGCAAGACGAAGCAUCAUCAAACAGCAAAUUCACUGAUGACCAAUUCGGAUUCAAAACCACCGCGGACUCUAAUUACGCUUUUCUCAAUGGCGAAAUUAAAAAGUUUUGUUCGUCGUCGAAUCCUUGUGAUAGUUCGACUUCAAUUAAAGGUUAUAAACAAAUAUUGAACGACUGUGCGACAGAAUUGAGUUCUAAUAAUAAUUUGGUGAUACAGUAUUUUCUUGAUUAUUAUUUCGCGUCGCCUCAUUAUGCGAAUCUGUGUAUGCAAAGUUCAGUGGGAGGAUACGCAUGGAAACAAAUCGGCAAUCUAGAAUUCGACUAUAUCAAUAAAAACUUUUCAAAAAACGAUUCCUCAUUAUACAUCCGAGCCUACGAAUUCCCACCGCAGCCUAAAAUUGAUAUCUCGUACUCCAAUCCCAACCAUAUCGACAGCACAGUAAAAGUUCCGGCAUCGAUUCUGUGCAACGAUGACUACAAAAAAGUCUCCAAUAUCUAUAUUGAUUAUGUGGGCAAGAAUCCUGUAGACUCGAAAUAUGCGUCUUUGAUUUCGGUGGUAGAUAAUUUGAAGAGUAAUUUGACUGCGACUAGUUGUUCGAAUGUUGAUGUUGCUAGUUCGUCAAAAGAAGUUGCGAAUGGUACUUCGUCGUCGAACGGCGGAAGUAGUGGUGUCGGCAUCCGUGUUGAAGGAAUUGUUGGCGUUGUUGUAUUGGGAAUUUUGACGUCAUUUGUUUUGCCAUUCUUUUAG